AUGGUAUUAUACAAAGUUUAUUCUCAAGAUCAUCGAAUUCGAUAUUUUGCGCAUCCGUGCUCCAGUGCGGUGUUGUUUCAACUAUGGUGUCUUCUUUUAACAUUUUUGUCACCGUUGUUCACGAGUUAUUUUACAAGCGGAUUUUAUUAUAAAGAGCUAACUUAUACUGAGCAGCCUAAUAUAUCUUCGCUUAAAAAACUUCAGUUGAUCAUCGGUUCAUCAUCAGAUGUUGUUUUUUCUUCUACGGACCAACGUGAAAAUAAUUAUUUUUCGUCGAUUUAUGCUCCAAGCACUCUUCGAACAGCUGUUCCAUGGGAUAUUGAUGGUGAUGGUACGAUUGAUCAACAAAACAUAACUUACCAGGUCAUUUUGACAAGUUCAGUUGCGGACAAAACUGUCAAUAUCUGGCCUAUAUUUUCAUAUAAAUUGAAACAAUACCCAGAAAUCUCAAUGGAAGCGCUUGGACUCAUAUCAUUAAAAGCGCCACGGGGAUUAUUAAGUAAUGCAAUCGUUACUGUCUAUGGUCAACUUCGCUUUCAACAACUACAGCCAAUCUCGAAUCAUACAGACAUAUCAUCACUUCAAUCUUCAAUUAUUGAUUACGGAUCAUAUUCCAUCGUACCAUCAUUUGAUCAGAUCUUAAAAAAUUAUACAUCUCGUCCAUAUUUCACAACAUUCGAUCAAGAGUAUGUUCAGUGGUCAUCGUCCAGUGUUGGCGGAACAAAAUUAACAGUAAAAAUAAUUGUUGUUUCCAGUUUGCAAACAAUACGUUAUGUACCGAGCUUUUGGAAAGAAUUCCGUUGGCAAUGGAUUCAAUAUGUUACUGCUUUGAUCCCGUUUUUAUACCUAAUGAACAAAGUGAAAGAAUUUGUAUUUAGUAAUCAGCUUGUCCGAACAAUUGUUAAAAAAUCUCCUUAA